AAACUAACUUGGAUAUCUGCUUCAUUUCUUUCUUCUAUUCAUUUCUGUUUCUGUACUUUUUUCAAGUUAUGCAUAGUUGACCUAUUUCAUCUUUUUGAUCUAGUUUAAUAUAGACACCAUUAAUGCUGAAUCUAGAGAAUUUUUAGAAAAAUCACUUCCUGAUAGGUCACAUUUCAAGCCCAUUACUUGGUGGGCACUGUGAACACCUACUGGAUGUGCCAACACUUGUUCUUUGGGUUUGGCAACCAACUUAACCUGUGCUUGGAAGCUGUGGCAGCAGCAGUGUGGGAAGCAACGAGUAUAUCACUUUAUAGAGGAGGCAUCCACGGGAACAUUUCCAGAGAAUGCUGCUCUCAGCCAACUUAUCCUUUGAUCGUAAAUAUGACAGGCACUACCAUGCUCUUUGAGACGUACUUAAAGAGGCAGUUUCAAUGCAUUUUCAUGGAAGUAACAUAGGAAGCAAUUAUAUAAGCUGCUGUAUAGUUAAUUUGCUUUUGCCGAGUGGUGCAGACGUGGCAAGGCAAACAUGUCUUCCUGAAUCUCUGGCAGAAGAUCUGUUUAUUCUCUAGUAGGGCACACUCAUUUCUCCAGAACAUGUCUUCUAUGAUGCUUAAAAUGUCCAGAAUCAGUUGGUUUCCUUAGCAUGGUUCUGCAAACGGAUUGCUCCAGCAGCAGGUGGAAGAUUACAACCAUGUGAUAAUGUCAUUUAAUUGAUUAAAUUGGUUACUUGCUCUUCCUCUAUUUGGCAACUGAAUUGCAGUUCAUGGCCCCAGCUAUGGCAUCAUUUUGACAACAGAACUAGACUUUGAUAUUUGCAAAUUUGCUUCAUUUCUUUCCAUUCAUUUCCAUUCAUAUAUUUUUCAGCUUAUGCAUUGUAGACCUACUUCAUCUUCCCCCUUUUUUUUUUUAAUCUAGUUUAAUAUAGAAAUCAUUCAUAC